GCAGAGCACCAACAGAGAGUACACCUGAAUCUCUCUCUCAUUCUGCGUUCCUCAGAAAUGAUGAAAAAAACUAGAAAUUCAUCUCAAUCAGUCUGUCUUCUUACUGUUUUCUUGGUUAUAAUCUUCACCAUUUCGUUUUCUACAACUACUUCUUCUGUUGAAGCAAGAAAGAAUAAUCACCAUAGAAAUACCAAAAAUCGUCAUGGGCAUCAACAUAGUCAUAAUAAGAAGAGAGGACAUUCUCCUGCACCAUCAUCUUCUCCAACACCUACAUUUAAGCCUACACCACCAAACCCUUACACCAAGAAAUCAAACAUUUUCGAUGUUUUGUCUUUUGGUGCUAAAGGUGAUGGGAUUGCAGAUGAUUCCAAGGCAUUACAAGGUGCAUGGAAAGCUGCAUGUAAAGUAGAAGGAGGAAUAGUGGAAAUUCCGUCAGAAUUCAGGUUUCUCAUAAGACAAAUUUCACUUCAAGGUCCAUGCAAACCUCACCUUGUUCUCCAGAUUGAUGGGAUUAUGUUAGCUCCACCAAAUAUAGGUUCAUGGUCAAAGUCCGAUCUAUAUCAAUGGAUAAACAUCAAAUGGGUUAAAAAUUUCACAAUUCAAGGGGGUGGAGUUGUUGAUGGCCAAGGUUUUGCUUGGUGGAAACCUAAUGAAGUCAGCUACAUUCAGCAGAAGACAUCGAAACACAUGCCAGAUAUGAAACCAACUGCUUUGAGAUUCUAUGAGAGCUCCAGUGUUACGGUUCGAGAUAUAAGAAUCAUUAAUAGUCCAUUGUGCCACUUGAAAUUCGAUAAUUCAAGCUUUAUAAAUGUCAAUAAUGUUACGAUUAUUUCGCCUGAGAAUAGCCCAAACACAGAUGGAAUUCAUCUUCAAAACAGCAAAAAUGUAGAAAUCCAACACUCCAACAUUGGAUGUGGAGAUGACUGUGUAUCAAUACAAACAGGGUGUUCGAAUGUACAUGUUCAUCACAUAAACUGUGGACCUGGACAUGGAAUUAGUCUUGGUAGUUUUGGGAAGGACAAGACUAUCGCGUGUGUUAAAGACAUCGUCAUCGACAAUAUACUGAUGCAAAAUACCAUGUAUGGAGCAAGGAUUAAAUCAUGGCAGGGAGGUAUGGGAUUAGUAAAGAAUGUAACGUUUUCGAACAUUCAAGUCUCUAACGUUAGCACACCGAUCAUGAUAGACCAAUACUACUGCGACAAACAGAAGUGUAAAAAUCAAACGGAAGCCGUGGCAAUAACGGGUGUUACAUUUAAUCAGAUAGUCGGAACAUAUGCAAGCCAACCAUUACAUCUCGCGUGUAGUGAUGGUGUCCCGUGUAGAAACGUCGAUCUCAUUGACAUCCAACUGAAACCAUCAUUAGUUUCUGGAGGUUUUCAUCAAGCUCUAUGUUGGAAUUCACAUGGCAAAUCACAAGCUCCUUUAGUUCCUUCGAGCAUCGAUUAUUGUCUAAGAAGUGGAGUUGGCUCUUUGAAAAGACCAUCAAAAUCACAUAGUGAACAAUUUUGUUAGCUCACCUAACUGUGAACUUCUUAAUUGCCAUGCCAUGGCCGAGAAUAUUCAUUUUUCUUGUUCUUCAAUGGCACUAACAAUCCCAAGUUCGUGUCGUUUGAUUUUUUGGUACUUUUGUGUGCAUAAUAAGAGGUAAUAGUAUUUAGUGUGUUUGUAGAGUUUUAUGUGUCUGUUUUCACUAAAAUCAACAUGGAAGUUCCAACUUGGAAUCUUGUUACUUGAAGCCAUACGCCAAUAGACUUGGUUCAUCA